UCGGCUACACUUUCAGCUGUUUGCAAUUAUCAAAAACAAACAAAGCUCUUAAGAUUAGCGAAAACACACUUACAAGCAUAUCAAAUAAAUUGACACGGAAUACAUCUAAGUAAAAUGGAGGAAUCGCUUGACGUGCUCGUUUUUGGCUCGGCCAUUAUAGAUUUUAUGUGCUACGCACCCCGUUUGCCCAAUCCUGGUGAGACUUUGCAUGGUACUAAGUUUCAAACUGGAUUCGGUGGCAAGGGCGCCAAUCAAUGCGUAGCUGCUACUCGCCUGGGCUCCAAGACAGCUUUAAUUGCCAAACUGGGAUGCGAUAGCUUUGGCAACAACUAUAUAUGUCACCUGCAGGCUGAGAAAAUAAAUGUGAAGCAUGUCCAGCUACUGCCUGACUAUACAACGGGUGUAGCUCAAAUCGCAGUCGCCCAUUCUGGCGAAAACAACAUCAUAAUCGUCGUGGGAGCCAACAAGAUGCUCGGCCCUAAGGAUGUGGAAAAUGCAUCCUACUUGUUCGACAAGGCCAAGGUGUUGGUCUGUCAACUGGAGACACCCAUUAAUGGCACGUUGGAGGCAUUGCGUCGAUUCAAGGGAAUAUCCAUUUUGAAUGCUGCUCCAGCCAUAGCAAACGCCCCUCUGGAGCUGAUACAAUUGUGCACCAUUUUGUGUGUGAACGAAACCGAAGCUGGAAUCCUGGUGGGCAGGCACAUCUCAUCCAUUAACGAUGCAUUCAAUGCAUUGGCGCAGCUCAUUCACAUGGGCGCCAACAUUGUAAUCAUCACGCUUGGUAAAAUAGGCGCCGUCUGUUCCUCGAGAGCAACUGUUUAUAACUGUCAACUGGUAUCAGCUCCAGUGGUGCCCCCGGAGUUGACGAAGGACACAACUGGCGCUGGAGAUGCCUUCAUUGGUGCCCUGGCUCACAGCUAUGCACAUUUUCCAGAAAAAGAUCUGGCUGAUCACAUUGCUUAUGCCAAUUCAGUGGCAUCUCAGUCAGUGCAGCGCCUUGGCACCCAGUCAAGCUUCCCAUAUGCCUAAGAAAGAGAGACAAGAAACUGUUGAAAAGCCAUUAACCAAAUAAUUUACAUAUGUAUGCAUGUAAAAAUAGUAAUAAUAAAACGAGGCCUUAGUCCAGCAUACU